AUGGGCUGCAACCCACACUUUAAUUUUCAUUCUAAAUGUGAAAAGCUAAAAAUUAUUGAUUUAAGCUUUGCGAAUGAUCUAUUGUUGUUCACAAGAGGGGAUAAUGGAUCUGUGGACCUGGCUCUAAAAGUUAUGAAAGAUUUCUCAUCAUCUACAGGCCUUGAGGUAAACCUUGGAAAGUGUAAAGUUUUUUGUGGUAAUGUUGAUCCUAGGGUGAAGCAGGAGAUUUUGGAGGCAUCUGAGUUUGAGGAAGGUGUGCUUCCAUUCAAAUAUUUAGGAAUACCAAUAUCUAGUAAAAGGAUUUCUCAUGUGAAUUGUUUGGGGUUAAUUGAUAGAAUUGUGCAAAGGAUUAGGUAUUGGAGUUCUAGGCUCAUGAAUUUUGCUGGAAGAACUCAGUUGAUCCAAAGUGUUAUUUUUGUAAUGAGUAACUUCUAG